AUCUGUGGAAUGAAUGUCAAAGUAAGUAAAGUAACCUCAAAAUUCUAUCGGUUGCUCGUCGUACUGUUUUGAGACGCCGAAUAGUUUUAUGAUCGUAUUAUUUUAACUGAAUUCAGUAAUUUUUCCAUAAAAUGGCUUCCAAAGAAGGCGGUGACAAAGGAAAGUCUUUUCAGGGUGCUGGAGAUAAUAAAGAAAAGAGGAGGAAGGAGUCUAUUCUUGACCUUAGUAAAUAUUUAGAGAAGAGCAUUCGUGUCAAAUUCGCUGGUGGGCGAGAAGCGGCGGGAAUACUAAAGGGAUACGAUCCACUUCUAAACUUGGUUUUGGAUAACACCACAGAAUUUCUAAGAGAUCCUGAUGAUCCCUACAAACUGCUAGAUGACACAAGAGCACUUGGUCUGGUUGUAUGCAGAGGUACCUCCGUUGUUCUAAUAUGUCCGAUGGAUGGCAUGGAAGCUAUUCCAAAUCCUUUCAUAACUCAGGAAGGAUAAUAUUUACUUAUUUAAGUGUAUACCUUACUUUAAGCUGUAAUUAUAAAUUAAAUUAAGUAAAUAUUAAAAUAAUAAGAACAUAA